CGCAAUCUCCUGGAUCCUAGCUGUCAAGUGGAAUGUCAUGGCCAGCUCCUCGGACAGUGAAGAUGACAGUUUCAUGGCAGUGGACCAAGAAGAAACUGUGCUGGAAGGGACAAUGGAGCACGAUGAGGAGCCCCGACCAGUGUUGGAGGCUGAGGAGACUAGACAUAAUAGGUCCAUGUUUGAGCUGCCGGAAGAGGUUUUGGAGUACAUCCUGUCCUUUUUGUCACCGUACCAGGAACACAAAACUGCAGCCCUUGUCUGCAAGCAGUGGUACCGGCUUAUCAAAGGUGUAGCCCACCAGUGUUAUCAUGGUUUCAUAAAGGCUGUUCAGGAAGGAAAUAUUCAGUGGGAGAGCCGGACUUACCCGUAUCCUGGAACCCCGAUCACCCAGCGGUUCUCACACAGCGCGUGCUAUUACGAUGCUAAUCAGUCCAUGUAUGUGUUUGGAGGCUGCACGCAAAGCAGCUGCAAUGCUGCCUUCAAUGACCUCUGGAGACUUGACCUGAAUAGCAAAGAGUGGAUCCGGCCUCUGGCUUCAGGGUCCUAUCCUUCCCCCAAAGCUGGAGCAACUUUGGUCGUGUACAAGGACCUGCUCGUGCUGUUUGGUGGCUGGACACGGCCAAGCCCUUACCCGCUGCACCAACCAGAGAGAUUCUUUGAUGAAAUACACACUUACUCACCCUCUAAAAACUGGUGGAACUGCAUUGUGACGACCCACGGGCCCCCUCCCAUGGCCGGCCAUUCCUCCUGUGUGGUAGAUGAUAAGAUGAUUGUCUUUGGUGGCUCCUUAGGAUCCCGGCAAAUGAGCAAUGAUGUCUGGGUCCUUGACCUCGAGCAGUGGGCGUGGUCCAAGCCAAACAUCUCUGGUCCCAGUCCUCAUCCUCGAGGUGGCCAGUCUCAGAUUGUCAUAGAUGAUGCAACUAUCUUGAUCCUCGGCGGGUGUGGCGGCCCCAAUGCCCUGUUCAAGGACGCCUGGUUGUUGCACAUGCACCCAGGUCCCUGGGCCUGGCAGCCACUGAAGGUAGAGCAUGAGGAUCACGGGGCCCCAGAGCUGUGGUGCCAUCCAGCUUGCCGGGUGGGGCAGUGUGUGGUGGUCUUCAGCCAGGCUCCCAGCGGGAGAGCUCCACUCAGCCCCAGUCUGAACUCCCGCCCGUCACCCAUCAGUGCCACCCCUCCAGCCCUGGUUCCCGAAACCCGAGAGCACCGCUCGCAGUCUCCAGUGAGGAGUACAGAUGAAGUUCCAUGUGUCAAUGGUCGCUGGGGAACCCUGAGACCCCGAGCUCAGAGACAGACCCCCUCAGGUUCCAGGGAGGGAAGCCUCUCCCCAGCCAGAGGAGAUGGCUCGCCCGUCCUCAACGGUGGGAGUUUAUCUCCAGGAACAGCGGCUGUAGGUGGCUCUUCGUUGGACAGCCCUGUACAGGCCUUGUCUCCUAGCACUCCAUCUACCACGGAGGGAUGUGACCUAAAAAUGGGACUUACUUUGGCCCCUCGACGGGGAUCACUACCAGAUCAGAAAGAUCUGCGAUUAGGAUCAAUAGAUCUGAGUUGGGAUCUGAAACCCGCUUCCAGUAGCAGUCACGUGGAUGGCAUGGACAGCAGGACAGUUGGGGGAAGCACGAGGCACCUUCCUGAACAGACGAACGGUGUUCAUACCCCACCCCACGUGGCCAGCGCCCUUGCAGGGGCCGUCUCUCCGGGUGCCCUGCGCCGGAGCCUAGAAGCCAUCAAAGCAAUGUCACCCAAGGGUCCCCCGGCCUCCGCAGCACUCAGUCCUCCUCUGGGGUCUUCUCCAGGCUCCCCCGGGAGCCAGAGCCUGAGCAGUGGGGAAACGGUGCCCGUUCCCCGACCAGGGCCCGCCCAAGGAGACGGGCCUUCCCUACCUCCCAUUGCCCGCCGCCUGGGCCACCACCCUCCACAGUCCCUCAAUGUCGGCAAACCCUUGUACCAGAGCAUGAACUGCAAGCCCAUGCAGAUGUACGUGCUGGACAUUAAGGACACCAAGGAGAAGGGCCGGGUCAAGUGGAAGGUAUUUAGCAGCAGCUCUGUGGUUGGCCCUCCUGAAACCAGCCUGCACACGGUGGUCCAGGGCAGGGGUGAGCUCAUCAUCUUCGGCGGGCUCAUGGACAAGAAGCAGAAUGUGAAGUACUAUCCAAAAACAAAUGCCCUGUACUUUGUGCGGGCCAAGAGAUAAUGCUCUAACCCUCUCCCUUUCCAGGCUUCUAAUUGGGAUUUUCCAGCGUGCGAGCAUUUGGACUGAGAAUUAGGAAAACAAAGGACAAGACUGCUCCCAUAAACCAAAACCCCAGUUCCCAGCCUCACCUGCUCCAGGCUGGGAUCAGAUCUCCAUUAAGAAAAAAAAUUAUAUAUAAAUGUAUAUUCUAUAGCCGACUCUGUUUACAAAGAGGGAGAGAGCUCCGCCCUGGGUCAGAUAAAAUGUUGCUGUGUUUUAGCAGAGGCUCUGCUGCCUUUUCUACUUGCUGGUAACUAGAUCAAGGAUUCAGGGAGCAGACUGGUAUCAGAACUUCCCUGAGAAGCUGAAGAGCCCCUGUAGAUCUCGUGUGGCCUUCUCGGAGUUAGGGAAAGAAAGCGUUUGUGUUGUGCACAGGUGAGGCCUCAGGCUCGCGGGCUUCGGGUGCUGGCUGGGUAAGAGUGACCCGCAGGAAACUGCCCUCCCCUCUCAGAACCUCAGAGGGCCUGAGAAACCCUCUCCCUGCAGUGAUGCCCUGUGCCUGGCCCCAUGCUGCCCCUUAUGAUUGGGGGCCGUCACCCAGCAGGGGUUUGUCCACCUGUGUGUGCGCUGGGGCCGUCAUGCAACCAUGUAAGCAGCGACACCUGCCCCCCUGGUGUCCACUGAUCUUUAGUGCUCCUUUCGUGUCUCAGAAAACACUUGGUAUCUGAUCAUGGGAUUUCCGGACAAUCAUACUUGGCUGCAAGCUGCCAAAAGCCACCUGUGCUCUCCUCUUCCUGGCCUCAGAAGCAGCCUUUCUUCCUUUUCUUCCUGCUUUUGUUUGUUGGUUUGCAUAUGCACAUUUUUUUUUAAGCCCUAAAACCUUUCUCAUUUUUUGUUUCUUUUAUAAAGCUCCAGUGCCCAGAGAAACCUCUUGGAAUGUUCUGGAGCACUCCAUCUGGUGUCACUAGGGGCCUGGGAGCUCCUGGCAGCGUCCACCCAGUGCACUGCUUUUUCCUCUCGGGCGUCUCUUGACUCCCAGAGCACACUGGGCACACCAUCCGUAGUUGUGAACCGUGGGGAUUGUCCUGAGGGAAUCGCAGGAGCAGCUCCUUCUAGAAGGUGUUUAGCUGUGUGUUGAUGGCGUUUUUCUGCCUGGCCCUGGAAGCAGCUCCAUCUCUGGGACUGUCUUGGCUUUUUACUUUCACGUCAUUUCUGAGAUAAGGUGCAGCCAACUCAAGCAUUUCUUUGGUUGGCGCAGGAAGUUAGUGGUCUCUGAAACCAUGGCCUGGACACCACUUAAAUAUGGAUUUUUGGUGAUUUCUAAAACCUUUUGGUCAAUGGAAAGAGGACUUUUAUUUUGUCUUAAGGAUUUAAAUUUUAACACUGCAUUUCCAUCCCCACUCUCACCUUUUUCCUGUUGGCAUUUCCCGAGCUCAGGGCUGCAGCAGCUGGCCCUGGGCCCUGGCGUGCAGCCAGCGCUCAGCAGUCUGAUGCGUGUGUUCUCUCCUGUUCCAUCAUGCUGAGCCCUUUCCCUGGCCACCAGCUCUGACAGUGCGGUCUUGGUGGGAAAGCCCCCUGAUGCCAAGCCCAGGAAAGGGGCAGCACAAGGGAAGAUGUGUUCCAGAGGCUGCUCUGUGUGCUCCCCUAGAUGAGGGAACUACCAUGUGCCUACUUCAUGUGGCGUCCAGCUGCUCAGAGUGCAGCCUCAGCUUUCCCGACUCCCCGCUCCGGGGCUGCUGCCAGUCCUCGUUUGGCAGAGACUGUUAGGUCCGUGGGACUCUUACUCACAGUGAAGCCUGGCCUGGAAGAUCAGUGGUGUUGGCAUUGUCACCGUGGCCAAACCUUGUUUAUGGCAUUGCAUUUGUGCGUGGACAGUGCCUCUAAACCCAGUUCUUAUUUAAAUAUGAAGUGUUUGGAAGCCUGAGAGUGCAGAAUCCCAACUUCCCCAUCUUCCCCAUUGUCCUGUGGCUUCCCUGAGCGAGUGGGUAACCCAUUGGUUCCUUCCACUUUCCCCAAGCAGGCAGGUGACAGAGAUGAUUCCUUUAGAGAGUGGCCGGCUCCUCGGAAUUCCCUAGCGUCCCAGUGUUACCCGCACCACUCGGAACCAGACUGGCCGUUUACAGCACUAAGGAAAAUUUGCCUGGUCUCCACCUAGUGUGCGUCUUGGUGACUCCCAGGCAUGGUGGGCACGCACCUGGGAGAUGGCCCGGCACGGUCACCCAGUUGUCUCCUCGGCCCCUGGAGCACAUAUGCGGUGGAACUGCAGGCAGCUCGGCUGGGGUGACCACGUCCACAGUGCCUGGAUGCCUCGGUCAGAUCAGAUCUAACUGCAACUCCAGCUUUGACACGAUGCCAACUUUGUCUUAAAAUUCACUGAGAAAAAUGAGACAAAAUAUAUUUUUUAAACCCUCAGGAGCAUCUAAAGCAAGUAUUUAUCAGUAUUUAAGUAUUUAAAGUACAUUUUGUUUCUACUUGAAGCUUUAACCCCUCCCGUUCCUGCAAGCGUGCCUUGGAGAGCCCGUGUCAUACUGACCCUGCCACCCUGCUGACCUCAAGUGGGAAUUGUAGUCUCUUCUCACCCUCUUGGACAGAGCUUCCUGUGCCUCAGUCUGCACAGCAGAGGGGUCUGGAUCUUUGCUCCUAUUUUCACCUUUAUCCUACGAUUGGGUUUGGGCUCCACAGCCCCGCCCACCCCACAUUUUGGGAGCACAAUUAGGUGUGGAAACAAGCUUAAGUUGAGUGGUAAGGCCGUCCUGGGCUCACUCUCCUCUCAGCCCUCUGCUGAUUUGAUUUUAGUGUUCAAGUUCCCUAUGGAGAGCUGAAACCAUGAGCUGCCCUAGGAGCUGUGUUGGAACUCCUUAAAGAAACAGACGGGAAGAGGGGCCAACGUGAGAAAUCUUGAUGCUGGAGGACAGAGCGCCCCCGCUGAUGGGGAGCAGAGGGACGCUUUCCUCCGGCCGCCUCAUCUUUCUGGAGUCCUGCUUGGCGUCUCCUCCCCCUUACAAGUGAUACUCCCGGUUGUCUGUCUGCCCUCGUCCUGUGGUGGUCCCGGCAUGGUGCUGUGCUCCGCUUUGUGUUAUCCGUGGUCUCUUACCAGCACCCAAGUCCAUGGGGAGGAUCUGAGCGCUGCCUCCCCAUGAACUGCAGACGGCAUGUUCUGCACAGUCACCAGUACGUGGCUCCCUCACUGUGGUCAUUGUCAGAUGGAACAGCCCCGAGGCUUCACCUCCAUCUGUGCUCUCUCCUUGCUCAGCCCCCUCUCACCAACCAGGGUUUAUGUCAGAGCACCCCCACCCCACCCCCAGUGUGCCCUAGGGAAGCCGGUGCUGAGUGAUGUCCCCAUGCAGCUCUGUCGUGCGGCUGACCCCAAGGUGAUCAUUGUAGGCACAUAACGGUGUAGGAAUGAAAAGUGGAUCUGAUUUUAUUGAUAUUUAAAUCUCUGUCGAUUUCGUUUUUGUUUUCCCCUGAUGACUUUUUAGCAAUUUAACAAAUAAAACAAAAUGGACAGAA